AUGCCUUACGUGACAUUGCCCGGCUCGACCGAACUGUAUUGGGUUACUUACGGGCCGCGCCGAGACGAACAAGAUCCGUCUGGGCCAGGCACCACAUGGGCCGAACCCGAAAGCCCAUCGGCAUCCACUUCGACCUCGACCUCCUACCGAUCCAUCGAACUCAACCCGGAUGGCUCGCUGGACCUCCGUACGGACGUCCCGACCUUGAUCGUCUUGGCGCCGAUCUGGCUUGACUUGAGCUAUUGCCAGUCCCUGUUCGAUCGCUUCGCGCGGCAAAACCAGAUCGUCGCCCUGGAGAAUCGGUCCCAUGGCCGAUCAACAAGGAGCCCCGUCAUGCCCUCGUUCGAGUUCUUCGUGUCGGCUUGCUUUCGGUAUAUAUCUGCUUGA